AUGCUGACCGAUUUUGACGAAACAUGUGGAUACAUCGGUCUUCAGCUGGAUCUACAAAAGACGAUGUUCUUGCGCAACGGAUGGGUCUCGGAUACCCCAAUCACGGCCAACGGAACGAACAUAUUUGAAUGCACCAGCUAUGUGUAUCUGGGUCGGGAAUUGAACAUGAUGAAGAACGCGACCCCCAAGCUGGACAGGAGGAGACGAGCCGCUUGGGGAGCGUAUAAGACCAUCGAGGAUGUAGUGAAGAAGACCAAGAACACGCGGCUCUGUGCUCACCUCUUCAACACCACCGUACUUCCUGCUUUGACCUAUGCUUUGGAAACCUAG